GCCUUAUAUCUUGUUGAUUUUCUGGGCCCUCUUUACCUGCUUGGGGGGGUUUCUCCCCCUAUUAGCGUUACCCUAUUGUUUUUAGUGCCGGUUUUUCUUCCGGCUGCGUUUUGCUACUGCCGAUUCUCACCCUUUAUUUAUUCCUCCUGGCCUGCGGCUUGUCCUGCAUCCGGAGGGUUUUCUCCCCUCUUACCUUUUUCCUCAGCGCUCCGCUGUUAGUUUCGUUCCGGCGCAGGCCCUGCUUGGUUUUCCCGCGGACAGCGAGAUCUCGGCGGCCAUUUUGGGAGCUUUCGCGCGUGUUCUCGCGGGAUUUCGGCUCUGCUUGUGCACCGGACGGUAUCGGCUCCUCUCUGCGGCUCCUGGGGUGAUUAACCCCUCUUUUGGUUAGUUCUUGGGUUCUGUUAGGCCUACCUCUACCCUUAUUAGUCUCCCCUUAGGUUCUGUGUGUGCCAUUAUUAUUAUCUUUUAGAAUCUAACAUGUCAUCCGACCGAUCCCCAUCCGGGCCUACCCCUCCUCCAUCUGGGGACCCCGGAAGGUCUGAGAUGAACGUGCAGGCCCUGGAAUUGCAGCGCUCUGUGUCAAGCGCAAUAAUAGAAGCCAUGGGAUCCAUGUCAUCCAUGAUAUCCCAGACCAUCUCCCAGGCUUUAUCUGCCCAUGCUCCUGGCCCCUCUAAUCAAACGCCUGCUAUACCUCAUCCGCAGCCUGCCGCUUGUAAUACUCCUAAUAUACAGGAGAACCUGACUGGUGUGAUCUCAGCCACCAUUGAUAGCGCGCAUAGAUCGCGCAAAAGAGCCUUACCGCGCCAGGCAGAAAGGGCGCUCACGUGGAAAUGUGCUAGAGCACAAAACAGUGAUGUGGAAUCAGAGUUGGAUUCUGAUUUGGAGGCGAGCAGCAAUUCUGAAGUGGAAAUGGAAUAUGACAUUCCAGGCACUACUGACCCUGUGCCGUCCACCUCUGGGUCUUUGGGUCCUGCCACCACCACUCCCAAUGCGGCAUCUGCCCUGGUGGAUCCCUCUGGCAACCCCUUAUUCGACCCUGAUGCCCUCCACCACCCUAGAUCGGCGGAAUGGCUGCCGGCGGCUCACGUGAGCACUUAUCUGGAGCACUGGGUGCGCCGUCCUCUCAGUAAAGAGGCGCGCAGCAAACUCAGAUCCGAAUGUCCCAGACCACUAGUUCCCAACAGGGUCUGUGAGACACCUUCAGUCGACCCAAAAAUGACCCAGUUCCUGUCUAAGACCGGCUGGAACCCCCGUAAGGGGUUGGAUUCAGCACUAAGGAGUUGCCAGGACAAACUCCUAGACAUAUUUGGUCCCCUGGUCCAAAUUUUUGAGAUGGCCGAAUCGACCAGAGUUGACGGCUCUCCAAUAGACCCGGAGGAGCUUUCUGGAUGGAUACAGAGGGCCAUCUGUAUUGCGGGCAGCACUAACUCGUCCCUGGCCAUUGAACGGCGUAAAGCCAUACUGUUUAAAAUUGACCCGAAACUGGCUAACCUGGCACUUACCGAGGCAGGAAAGGACGCUAAUGGUCUACUGUUUGGGGACUCCUUUAUCAAGGACCUCGGCAGAUACGUGGGGGCAUUUACGGCACUAGACAAGGCCCAGUCCUCCAUGCGUAGGGUGUUCCAGGGACGGGUCUCCACCAGGGCCGGCAGUAGUAGGGGCCGCCUGUCCGGCCGUUCCACAUUUCAGGCCCGUAGCUCGGGCAGAAGCUCCUUUUCGCAAAGACAACCCUUUCAGGAGCAGAGGAACCCUCCUCCAUUCUUCCCGGCCAGAGGCGGCCAAUGUCUAUCGAGGUCCGUUCGAGGGAAUCCGUCUUUCCGAAAAUCCUACGGUAAGUCUUUCCCCUGUGGGGAUUUCUUUGGAUCUUUGUGUCGGGGGCAGACUCCGUCUUUGUUCCCACGUUUGGUCCAGCAUUACAUCAGACCCAUGGGUGCUGACCACUGUGCAGGGGUUCCACAUAGAACUCACGGAUUCGCCAAAUCUUAUCCCUUCACCCCCUCCACUCCCUCUGGCGCGACCAGACAGGGAACUCGUGGACUCAGAACUGUAUUCCCUUUUUCAAAAAAGGGCGAUAGAAAGGGCCCCUCCUACUCCAUAGGGUGUACUCAGCAACAUUUUUCUGGUACUGAAAAAGGGUGGACAAAUGCGUCCGGUGAUAAAUCUCCGUGCCCUGAACGCGGUGGUGCGCUAUCGCCACUUCAAGAUGGAGGGAAUUCACCUCCUUCGGGACUUGCUGGUUCCGGGGGACUGGAUGGUGAAGCUGGACCUCAAAGAUGCAUAUCUGACGGUCCCAAUUGCCUCCUCGUCCAGGGAUCUCCUGCGCUUCCUGUGGAGGGGCGAAGUGUGGCGCUUCACUUGCCUUCCGUUCGGCCUUUCUUCGGCGCCUUGGUGCUUUACCAAACUUCUGCGCCCGGUCAUGGCUACGGAGUCGGGGGGGUGUGUCUAGUCAUCUAUCUAGACGACAUCCUCAUUAUGCAUCAAUGUCAGUCGACGCUGCUACAACACCUCCAGUGGACCUCGAACCUCCUUACGGCUCUUGGCUUUCUGCUGAACCCCGAGAAGUCCUGCCUCACGCCGUCUCGACGGAUGGAGUUCCUAGGCUUCACGGUGGACUCUGUUGCGGAAUCUCUCAGUCUUCCGUCAGAGAAAUUGCGGACGAUACGCAAGGAGUUGAGACAUGCUCUCUCAGCUACCUCCCUAUCCCUACGCCACCUGGCUCGCAUCAUUGGCCUGCUGGCCUCCUCUAUCCAGGCGGUAUUCCCCGCUCCUCUCCAUUAUCGGGCUCUACAACGCCUGAAGAUCGCCCACCUUCGUGCCGGGGCCUCGUUCGCAGACGCGGUGGUUCUGGAUCAAGAGGCUCGGGAGGAACUCCGUUAACUUCUGGCGGGCUCGUUUGCCAUCCGGAGUUUUACCAAGGACAUCGCACAUGCGGGCAUCCGACUACGCAUGGACAAUGUGUCGGCGGUCCGCUAUGUCAAUCACCUGGGCGGCACCCAAUCGGCUACCUUGGCCCGACUGGCGAAAGAGUUCUGGUCCUACUGUCUUUCCAGGGACAUCAUGGUACAGGCGGAGUACCUUCCGGGUCUACACAACUACCGAGCGGAUCGGAGUUCCAGAUGCUUCACGGACGGCAGCGAUUGGAGACUCGCACCGGAGAUGUUCUCCACGAUCUCGGACACCUGGGGUCCUUGUGCCAUAGACCUCUUUGCGUCCCGGCUCAAUACUCACCUGCCCAGGUUCUUCAGCUGGCGCCCGGACCCGGAGGCGGUGGAUGCGUUUCUCCAGGACUGGUCAUCAGCUCUACAUUACGCGUUUCCGCCUUUUGCCAUGAUCCCGAGGAUGUUGCUACAGACUCGUCGUCAGCAUGUGGAGUUGGUGGUGGUGAUCCCCUUCUGGGGGUCUCAAGCCUGGUACCCGAUCCUCCUGGAACUCCUAGUGGAUAUACCUCUCCUCCUUCCGGAUCGGACGGAUCUCCUCCGGGACCCUCUGGGUGCUCCACACCCCCUGCUGGUCGACGGAUCCCUUCAACUUCUGGCGUGCCGACUCUCAGGACUCCCGGAGAGGUCGAGGGAAUUUCGGAAGCUACUAGACGCCUCCUGGACAACGCUUGGGCUCCCGGCACCCGAAAGUCUUACAGGGCAGCUUGGGGAUCUUGGGUUAGCUGGUGCGUGGAACGGAACCUGGAUCCCAUUUCGGCGCCUGUGACCCAUUUGUUGCAAUUCCUUACGUCUCUUUUCGAAGCAGGGAAGGCUUAUCGGACCAUUAAUUUGUUCCGUUCAGCGAUUUCUUCUACUCAUCAGGGUUUUGAUGGCGUUCCGGCGGGUCAGCACCCUUCGGUGUCACGCCUACUGCGUGGCUCACGCUUGGCUCGACCUCCUCGGGCACGCUUCACCACUACG